GACUCCACAUCCCUGUUAAAUUGUCUAGUGGAGAAGAAAAAUUGUUUAAAUUUCAGUUGGCAGAUGGCGCUAGUAACUGAAAAAGAAUAGAAGCAUGGAAGAUGAUAGUGGAUCGAGGAAGUUUUCAUUAUUUGGAAGGAAUUUGGCAGAAAUACCAUGCUUUAAACGGUGUUUCACAACUGGAAUUUUAAGUGGANAUGUGGCAGUCUUUGAAGCAUAUCAACUGUGCAAAAAGGGGGCUAAAUUGUUAAUUUUAUUUGUAGGUCGUCCAAAACGUUCAGCAGAUUUAGGAGUGUUAACAUUUACUGUUGUUACUUUAGGAUAUUGGUUUUUCUGUAGAUAUGAUUAUUCAAAGAAAAGAUUUCAAAUGGCUCAACUAAAAAAAGGACUUCAAACUUCUGUUUUAUUAGAAGGAACAGAAAAAGAUUUUCUACAUAGUGACAAAAAUCAAAAAUAAUUUUUAUUCUUCAUGUGUAUGUUUAAUAAAAAUUUAUUUAUUUUGUAGAAUAUUAUGCUUAUAUAAAAUUUUUCACAGCUAAUACAGUAUGAUCUUUUUUAUAUUCAUAUUUAUGCCAACACAUCUUAAGCUUUUUGCCUCUAUACUCAACAACAAAAUUACAAAAACUUUUUGCUUCCAGUCAAGUUCCAUCUUUGAUCACAAAUAGUAAAAAAUUAUUACUACUGUAAUUUCACAAAAUUUAUUUAUAAUGUUAUUUUAUCUUUGUAAA